ACAAUUGUCCAAUCUUAUAAACUGAGUUCUACAAGUACGUGACAGAUUUGCCCUUGUGAUUGCAUCUUACAAUAGGAACAUGAUGAGGGUAAAACUAAAAACCAUUGGGGAAUAUACUAGAGACUGUCAGUAAUUUUGGGGUAUGUUGACAGAGAGGGAUAGAUGUUAAUAUGUUACGAAAGCAACCAAGUCCACUUUUUUUUUAGGAGUUGCUUUGCUUUGUGGAGUAGUGCUUUGGCGCAACCACAAAGAAAAUGCCAUGUUCCAAAGAAGAAGCUCUUGUUAGACUCUUUUACAAUGCCUCUAGCUCCUUCCACCUUCUCUUCCUCUUCCUCUUCUCCUCUUCGGUUCUCCUUAUCAAGUUCAUAAACUUCAUUGGCAGCUUCAACAUAUUCCAAAGAGAUCACUAUGAAUAUGUGUCUUCUGAGUAUGAUGAAGAAGAAGAAGAAGCAGAAGAAGAAAUUCAAGAAAGCUUCUCUUAUGUCCAUGAUUCUAUUGAGUCAGAUCAUCUAGUAGCAGACAUCAUUUGUGGUGGAGAGACCCUUUUGUUUGUGCACAACAACAAGCCUCAGAGGAUUCUUUCUUCUUCUGAAGAAUUCUCAAGCCCCCGGGAUAGCCUUAUAGAAGACUCAGAAGAAAACUGUUCAACAGAAUCUUUGUCUUUUCACAAGUCACCUUUGGUUUCAGACUUUGAAAAUGAACAAGAUGCAGAAGAAUUUCCAGCUGAAGAUGCUGAUUCUGUUCCAAAUUCUGUCCCAGCUGAAAGCAGGCCCACAUCGUCCAUCACCCUGAACCUCUACAAAAGUGACUUAGUAGGCAGUGACAAAAACUAUGACGAAGAUCAUGUUGAAAUUGGAGUUAUUGAAAAUAAGAAGGUGCAAGAGGAAAGCCUCGCACGAGAUGAGAGAUUCUUUGCCUAUGCUCCUACCCAAUUGGAGGCUAAGAAGCUCAUUGUUGAGGAAAAAGAUUAUGAAGAAAUAUAUGGUGACUCAUGCACUGUUGGGUCCACAUCUAAGAGCUCCUCUGAGUGGAGGAGUUCCAUUAAUUGCAGGGAUUCUGGAACUGAAGACCCUUUUUCUUCUUCGUCAAGAAGAAGUUGUCCCAAGUGGGAAUCAUAUACAGUUUUCCAAAAAUAUGAUGAAGAGAUGUCAUUCCUAGACAGGAUUAGCGCACAGAAACUUCAUGAAACUGAGUCUUUAAGGUCUAUCAAGGUAUCUCCGAGGUCAAUUUCAGAUCGUAUUGUGUUCAAGUUUUCAAGUAUGAAUAAAAAACCAGGUGACAUGCGUCACAACCCAUAUCGUGAUCUAGAGGCUGCAUACGUUGCACAAACAUGCUUAACAUGGGAAGCCCUCAAUUGGAACUACAAGAAUUUUCAAUCAAAAAGAGAUUCACGAGGCCAUGAUGUUGAUGUGGGUUGUCCAGCCACCAUUGCACAGAGAUUCCAACAAUUUCAAGUGUUGUUGCAAAGAUACGUUGAGAAUGAACCUUAUGAGCAUGGUAGAAGACCUGAGAUCUAUGCUAGAGUGAGGCAUUUGGCUCCAAAAUUACUCCUCGUACCAGAAUAUCGAGAAUCGGAUGAUGAUCAGAGGGACGAUAAUGGCAUUCACUCAAAAAUAUCAUCAGCAUCAUUUCUUGUGAUAAUGGAAGAUGGGAUCAGAACGUUCAUGAGUUUUCUGAAGGCUGAUAAAGAGAAACCAUGUCAGAUUCUGGCAGCUUGCUUUAGGAGAAACCGAAAACCCUUGGUUGAUCCAACACUCCUCCGCCUUAUCAAGAAAGUUAAUCAAAAGAAGAAGAUGAAAGUGAAAGAUCUUCGGCGUUCCCGCAAAUGCUUGAGGAAGAGAAAGUUGAAGGGAGAAGAAGAGAUGGAGAUUUUGAUGGCACUCAUAGACCUCAAAGUGGUGUCAAGGGUUUUGAGAAUGAGUGAGUUAAGUGAGGAACAGUUGCAUUGGUGUGAAGAGAAGAUGAGCAAAGUGAGGGUAAUGGAUGGAAAACUACAAAGAGAUUCCACUCCACUUUUUUUCCCAGCACAUUGACCCACAGAAAAGAUUUAUAUAUAUUUCUCGGUGUCUGGAUCAUGAAUGUGCAUGGCUGCACCAAAAGGAAUAUCCACAUAACACAAACUUUUGUUUUGUAAAUAUGGUUAAAGAAAAUGAGGGGGACCCUGCAAAUCAAAGUGAAACAUGUGGGGUGGCAUGGAUUUUGGAGCCUGAAAUGAGAGGAAAGUUGGGUAAAGAUGAAUGCUAGGUCAUUUGAUGAAUAUUGAAAGUGAAAGACCAAAGACAAAGCAAGGAAUGAAGAUAGAGACAAGGAUAGCUUUAGUUUGCUUUAGCUUUUUAACUACUUAGGGUUUAUCUAUAAGGGUUUUAAGCUGAAAUCAAAAGAAAGAAUGAACAAGAUUGAAGCACAUGUAGUUGAAUAAAAGUAGUCUUGCUCUCUUGGGAAAAAUAUUAUGUAUAUCACACGAUUAAGGAACGGUAGACUUAGUGAUUUUUUUUUCAAAAUAAUAUUGCAGAAAGUACCCCACUUAGUUUUGUGAAAGAGGGGGAAAAAUAAAGGAAUAAAUCAACCAUCAAAGUA